AUGCAGAAAUCAGGAAGAAGCCCAGAGGAGCCACCAUUCCUGACUGCUCAAACCAAAAAGCAAGGAGGGAUCACAUCUGAUCAAGCUGCUGUCAUUUCUAAAUUCUGGAAGAGUCAUAAGACAAAGAUCCGAGAGAGCCUGAUGGACCAGAGCCGCUGGGACAGUGGGCUUCGGGGCCUAAGCUGGAGAGUUGAUGGCAAAUCACAGUCCAGGCACUCAGCUCAGAUACACACCCCCGUUGCUAUAAUGGAGCUGGAAAUAGGGAAAAGUGGACAGGAAUCUGAAUUUCUGUGUUUGGAAUUUGAUGAGGCCGAGGUCAACCAAGUUCUGAAGAAGCUCUCAGAGGCAGAAGAAAGUAUCAGCCCACCGAUGCAGCCAGCCUAGCUGAAAAUGGACUUGUUGAAGCAAAGGUGUUCAUGAUCUGUUUUUGCUUUUGUUUUUGUUUUUUAAUAUUAUUCACCCAUUAGUAUUAAAUCCUCAAAUUCAA